UGUCCUGCCUUUGUCACCGCAGGUGGGCAGGAUGAAGUCACUGCGCUUUGCUUCUGCCGAGGCCCUGGCGUCCCACCCGCAGGUGGCCCUGCAGAGCCUGGACAGCGUGGCCCACAACCUCUACCCACUCCUCUUCAAGGCCAGCUACCUGCUGGAGCGAGCGGAGGUGAUCCGAGCCCUGCUGCAGCGGUGGCCGCUGGAGGAGUUCCGGCUUGGGGCCCUGCUGGGGCCCAGCACAGACCACGCAGCCGACCUGCGAGACCGGGCCUGCAGGGCCUGCCUGGAGGCCUGCCUGCGGGGCCUGGCGGACCACGUGCUCCGGGGCACGGGCCCGCGGCGGCUGCUGUUGGCCGACCUCACGGGAGUCCGGGACGUGCAGGUGCAGCAGUGCCCCUGCGGGAGGGCGCUGGGCCGGUGGGGCCGCACGGAGCUGCUGGCCAGGACCUGCUGCGAGCUGCAGGCGGACCCCCGCGCCGCCCGGCAUUCCGUCAAGGUCCUGGCUGACAUCUUCGUCACGGAUGGAAACUUCCAGUUGGUGGUGCAGGCCCUGGGGCCGGCAGCUUCCACCCCGCCGCUGCGCCUGCGCUGCCUCUCCUUCCGGGCAGACAGCCUGGAGCCCGGCCAGCUCCUGCAGGUGCUGUGCCUGGCGGGGCCCGGCGAGCUGCGCCGGCUGCAGGUGGUGCACAACGUGCGGCUGCACGCGGGCCACGUGCAGCAGCUGCUGGCCCAGCUGCACUUCCCCCAGCUGGUGUCGCUCACCCUGCCUGCCAGGGCCUUCGACCCGCCCCCUGCCUGCGCCCCCGCUCCCGAGGGGGAGGACUCCCUCCUCACCUCCAUCGCCUGGCAGCUCAGCCAGAUGACCCAGCUCACCGAGCUGAGUGUGGCUUUCUCCACGCUGACCGGGAACGUCCAGAAACUGCUCGGCCCCCUCAGGACCCCGCUGAGAGUGCUGGACCUGGCCAACUGCUCCCUGAACCACGCGGACAUGGCCUUCUUGGCGGACUGCGCCCAUGCCGCCCACCUGGAGGUGCUGGAUCUCAGCGGGCACAGCCUGAUCUACCUCUUUCCUUCGAGCUUCUUCCGGCUGCUGGGCCGGGCAGCGCAGACCCUGAGGGUGCUCACCCUGGAGGAGUGCGGCAUCGAGGACCGCCACCUGAGCACCCUGAUCCUGGCCCUGGGCCCCUGCCGGCAGCUGCAGGAGCUCCGCUUCCUGGGCAACCCGCUGUCGGCCUCCGCCCUCCGGCGCCUCUUCCUGGCCCUCUGUGAGCUCCCCAAGCUGUGGUGGGUGGAGUACCCAGUGCCCAAGGACUGCUACCCGGAGGGGGCCGCCUACCCCCAGGACGAGCUGGCCAUGUCCAAGUUUGACCAGCAGAAAUAUGACCUCAUCGCCGAGGACCUGCGCGGGGUGCUGCUGCGGGCCGGCCGGGACGACAUCCAGGUCUCCACACCGGUCUUCGGAAGCUUCGACCCAGAUAUCCAAGAAACGAGCAACGAACUCGGGGUUUUCUUGCUGCAAGCUUUCAGAACGGCCCUGGAAAACUUCUCCCUGGCUCUGAAACAAAUGGAGUAGGCGGGCCCUGCAGCAGGCACAGCGGGUCUCGCCUUCCAGCCGAUGGAUCUGUGACCACCCCGGGGUCGGCAGUUUGGGCCCAGUGUUUGUGCCCUCCCUACCAUAUCCGAAGCAUUUCUUAGUCCUGGCAUCUGUUAGGCGCUCUAGGAGACGAAGCCCUGCCUUCCCGUAGACAUGACACGAGGUCACUUUAGGCUCAAAGCACAGCGGGCAUGCAGGAGGGGGACAUGGCCCGGGGCAGGCACAAAGAAGUGCCAGGGACUGAGAGUGGCCGUCCUGGUCACGGUGCGCCCCAGGCUGCGUGCGAGAUGCAGGCUAGCCUGGUAGCGGUAGCAAGGAGGUGGGAGAGAGGACAUCAGCUGGCAUGAGAGGGAAGAAAUGAGAGAAUACGUCACCACCAACUGGGAAAAGAGUGAGAGUGAAGAGCAUGGGAGCCCUGUGCUGUCCCACCCCCUGGCUUGUCCACAGUGCUGAUGCUUACAGGGUGACGUCUGUCUGAAUAUUUACAGCAGCCAAUCUAGCGUGGACCGUGGGCUUUGGUUAUCAAUGGCUUUAAUCUAAUUUGAGGCGGUGAACAGGGCCAAGGCUGCUGGCUGAGCCUGAGAGCACAAGGGGAAGGAACCCGAGGGCCUGCAGUGACCACACCCUGCUGCCCUAAGCCUCGCAGGCCCUGAGGAGGACGCUCUGCUCUGGUCUAAGGGAGCUGGCCUGGCGCUCAAGAGUAGGACGCAGGUGGGCUUGGUUUCCACAAGCUCUUAUUUGUGCAACGGUGAUUAUUAGGAUGAUUAAAUACAAAUAAAACAGAAGUGUGUCUUAUUCAGAUAUGAUUUUAAUUUCAAUGCGAUUUAACUUAAUUUUAAUUUCAAUGUGAUUUUAAGUUCAGAAUUUUUAAAGGAACCUAUGAAAUAAAACAAUUUUUUUCUCAAGAUAGAAGCUUGUACCUGAUCUGGCCAAAUCCUCCUCAACCAUCCCAGUGCUCCAUGAAGGUUUGCAUCACUGAGUGAACAGGUGCUGCCCCUCCCC